GCCACCCUGAAGUCCUUGUGGUCUUCUCCUAUCUACGUCAGAGUCAGAGCCCAGAGGAGUGGUCGACUGGUCGUGCUUAUAUAAACACACACAAGCGAAAGUAGCAGUAGUGAGUAACGUGAAUGUUAUAGAAAAGAAAAAUAAAAUUCUUGAAAUCAAGAUGUUAGGAGGAGGAGGAGGAGGGCAGGGUGGGUCUGGGCAGGAGUUGAGAGCGGCAGACUCAGCGGCAAAUAAGAGGGAGUUUGUUGUAAAUGUGGAGUCAUCUAGUUCGAAUCGCCACUCCCUUAAUCUUCGCAACAGCGCCUUCUUCAUCCCACCACCACCACUUACUAUUACUACCGCUCACCCCGAGGAGAGGGGAAGAUGGGAGACAGUGGUGCUAGCAUACAAGACACUUGGAGUUGUCUUUGGAGGGCUUGUGACAUCACCAUUAUAUGUAUAUCCAUCAAUGCCAUUGAAGUCUCCUACUGAACAGGACUAUUUGGGAAUCUAUAGCAUCAUGUUUUGGACUCUCACACUCAUCGGGGUUGUUAAAUACACCAGUAUAGCCCUUAAGGCUGAUGAUCAGGGCGAAGGUGGAACAUUUGCUCUGUACUCGUUGCUCUGUAGGAAUAUGAAUAUCGGUAUCCUUUCCUCCAAACAAGCACAGACAAACUCAAGUUUAUCUCACUCUGUCUUGCAUGGAAGCACUGAGAAUAAAAGCAGACUUGGAAUUUUUUUUGAAAGAAGCAUAGUUGCCAGGAGAGUACUACUUUUCAUUGCCAUGUUAGGCACAUGCAUGUUAAUUGGGGAUGGUAUACUUACACCUGCAAUCUCAGUGUUGUCAGCUAUGGAUGGAAUAAGAGCACCUUUUCCUUCUGUCAGCAAAUCUUUGGUGGAAGCACUUUCUGCAGGAGUUCUAGUUGUUUUGUUUCUGCUACAAAAGUUUGGCACCUCUAGAGUGAGUUUUAUGUUUUCCCCAAUAAUGGGUGCGUGGACCUUGUGUACUCCAUUAGUAGGGAUUUAUAGCAUCAUUCAGCAUUACCCUAGCAUAUUCAAGGCUUUGUCACCUCACUACAUAUUCCGCUUCUUUUGGAGAAAUGGAAAGGAAGGCUGGCUGUUACUUGGAGGAACUGUUCUCUGUAUCACAGGUUCUGAAGCACUGUUUGCGGAUCUCGGUCAUUUUAACAGGAGCUCAAUUCAGAUCGCCUUUUUGCUCACAAUAUAUCCAUCACUUGUUCUGACAUAUGCGGGGCAAACUGCAUACCUUAUCAAGAACCCAAAUGAUCAUGAUGAUGGAUUUUACAAGUUUAUACCUACAACAAUUUAUUGGCCGAUCUUUAUCAUAGCCACCCUAGCUGCUGUUGUUGCAAGCCAGUCAUUGAUAUCAGCCACCUUCUCUGUCAUCAAGCAAUCCGUUGUUCUGGAUUAUUUCCCUAAAAUUAAGGUGGUGCAUACAUCUUCUAACAAAGAGGGUGAAGUCUACUCCCCAGAAGUCAAUUGCAUUCUCAUGAUUCUUUGCGUUGCAGUGAUACUUAUUUUUGGAGAUGGAAAGGAUAUCGGAAAUGCUUUUGGUGUUGUUGUUAGUCUAGUGAUGCUUAUCACCACAAUAUUACUGACAUUAGUUAUGAUCAUGAUAUGGAGAACUCCGCCAUGGCUGGUUGCAAUUUACUUCUUCAUAUUUUUUACGAUGGAAGGGGUUUAUGCCAGUGCUGUUUUGAGUAAAAUACCUGAGGGUGGAUGGAUUCCUUUUGCCAUUUCUUUUAUCCUUGCUUUCAUCAUGUUUGGCUGGUUCUAUGGAAGGCAGAAGAAGAUAGAGUAUGAGUUGACUCACAAGAUAGACUUGGGAAGACUGGGAAUACUAUUAUCCGAGCCAGGUAUACAGAGGGUUCCAGGAUUUUGCUUCUUUUACACCAACAUUCAAGAUGGCCUGACGCCUAUCCUUGGACAUUAUAUUAAAAACAUGAAAUCUCUACACACAGUCACUAUUUUCACCACGCUUCGAUAUUUAUUGGUGCCCAAGGUUGCUGCGCAUGAGAGGAUUGUUGUCAACAAACUUGGCCUUGAAGGAGUUUAUGGGUGCGUGAUUCAAUAUGGCUAUGCAGAUUCCUUAAAUCUCGAAGGAGAUGACUUUUUAAGUCAAGUUACAGAUAGCUUGCAGUUGUGCAUACAAAACUGCUCUGGCUGCGUAACAUCCGAUCAUGAAGAGGUUCAGGAAGAGAUUUCUACAUUUGAAGAAGCAAAGCUGGCUGGAGUGGUUCACAUUCGAGGGAAGACAAGGUUUUAUAUAGGCAACAACUGUGGUUGGUUUGAAAGAAGCAUGCUUGCAUUUUAUGAAUUCUUGCACAGUAAUUGUAGGUCUGCGCUGCCAGCCCUUGGGGUGCCACUACCACAGCGUAUUGAGGUUGGAAUGCUCUAUGAAGCUUGAAUGGAUUAAAGCUUUAUUAUAUGCAUAGCCAUAUAAGAGGAAAAUCACUACAAGUGCAUCAUGGAAUUUGUAUUUUUAGCCAAGAAAUCCCACCAUUUCUCAUGUUAAUGCUCUAUUUUGUAAGCUGCCUGAGAAUUGAAUAAAUAGAUACUGAGAGAUGUUUUACAUAGGUUCAACAUUUGGAUUUGAGUGCUAGGGAAACCCACAGUUAACAAAAAAAGACAAAAAAGCUGAGCAACCUACGAACAUAAAGAGCAUUGAAAUUACAAUUGCAAGUAAUAAUAGAUAACCCCAUCCUUUUUUUCA